GGUGGCAGUGCGAGGCGGUGGGCAGACGUGCUGGGCGAUGGUGGCCGGAGCUCCCCCGAGGAUGGGCUUUCUCUGGGGCUUGGCUCUGCCCCUUUUCUUCUGCUGGGAGGCUGGGAGCUCUGCAGGCCCCAGCACCAGCAGGCCAGGUCCUUUGGUGACAACAAACCACAGAGAAGAGCCUGCCAUGACUCCGGGGGUCAGGAUAAAUUCAGAGGGAGCCUUCCAGACCACCGACCUUGUUGAGACCUCUGUGCCAAGCCGCAUCCCUUUGGAAACUCAAACCCUGAACACCCAGACCUUUGAUAGGAACUUAAUCCUGGCCAGCACCAUUUCAGAAGCAGAGACCAGGGAAACCAAGACCACUUUUCCUGCAACAGAGACCAGGGCCUUCACUAAAAGGACACUGUCCAAGUUCAUGGUUGUGAUCACCACUUCUAUGGAGGCAUCAGCCACCAGUGGCAGCCCCAUGGGAACUGGAAUGGCCACAGUUGAGACUGUUACAGGCAGGGAUCUUGUGGAAUCUGUCUUUGACACCCUUUGCACUGAUGACAGCUCAGAAGAGGAAAAGAGGAUCACAACUGACGUCUUGACAUUGGCUCACACCUCUGCAGAAGCCACAGGCCCGGCCUUGGACAGCAGCGCCUUCUCGGACAGCUCAGUUCUGGCCAUCACCACCUCCCCGUCCCUGGCACCUGACAAGGCCACUUCGACUAAAGACUUGCUUGCCUACAACAUCACUGACACUGAGUUUACCAAUUGCAGCAUUAUAGAAAUAAUAACCACUGCCACCACCCUUGGGACCUCGGACAUAGAUCUCGACCCCACAGGAGGAAAGGCCUUGUCUCCCCCGGAGAUGUCAACUUUGCCUGAUUCCACCAAAGCAGAAUCGCACCUCACCAAGACCAUGACAUCUGCAGAGACCUCGUCAGCAGCCAGUGUCCCAGAACCAGCCACACCUGACACCACAGUUGAGAUCUCACUAACUGCUAAUAGCACCACAGAAGGAGAACUCACAACAGCCGAGCCCAUGACCCCCAGCACUUUGGUGACCGUCAGCACCAGCCCCUUAGAAGAAACUUCAGUCCUCUCUGUUGAGACAACGAGCCAUACUGAGGUCUCUGGAGUGGUUACAAUCUCCACAGGGACUGGGUCAGCGGUGGGUAAAGUGGCUUCCCCUGUUGGGCCCUCAGCUACGGCUUACAGCCAUACCCACGUAGCCACUAGCAAGAACUCCAACUCCUCACAGCCUUCUAUCACAGAUAGCACAACCAAUGGGCCUGUGCCCAUCAGCAGGAACCCUUUUCCUUCUGUCCAUCUGACUAUGGCCAACAGCAGCCGAGAGGCAAACAUCACCUUAGUCAAGACCACAGCCUUAGCCAGCAAGACUGGAGGGAAGGCCCCAACAGCUCUGCUCACCACUGCUCAGCCAAGGUGGACCACAGAAGCUACUGCAGGUGGGGAUGGAGGCUUUCUCCUCCUGCGGCUGAGGGUGGCCUCCCCAGAAGACCUCACUGACCCCAGAGUGGCAGAGAGGCUGAUGCAGCAGGAGGGGCUAAGGAACAUUCGCAGCAGCCAGGCUUGGCUGUGUGCCAGAGGGGGCAGUGCUGCCUGCGGCCUGGGACACUGUCCACACGCACAGACUGGAGCUGCGUUACUGCGCUGAGAUACACCCGGAAGCUUCCAGGAGGUCAGCUGGCCUAAGCCCUUACCCCAGACAUGGCAGCGGGACCCUGACUCACAUGUGCCUCUGUGUGUGUGUGUGUGUGUGUGUGUGUGUGUGUGUGUGUGUGUGUGAUGGUUGGGGGGGGCUUCCCUUGUUCAAAGAUGUCCUUGGACUUCCUUUGCCACAUGUGUUAUG